ACUCGAAGGCAACUGUCCAAAAAGAGUUUAGCGGAUGAAGGGACGAGCUCCACACUUGCUCAACUGACUCCCUGACAGAAAGACAGAACCCGGAAAGUGAAAAGCACAAGAUGCUGUCAAUACUGCGAAAAGCGCGUCUCAAGGAUAAGGAGAUGCGAAUCUUGAUGCUUGGGCUUGACAAUGCGGGAAAGACGACCAUUGUGAAGAAGAUCAUGAACGAGGAUGUGAACAGUGUCAGCCCUACGCUUGGUUUCAUCAUCAAGACAAUCGAGUAUGACGGUUACAAACUCAAUAUGUGGGAUGUCGGUGGCCAGAAGACAUUGCGGACGUACUGGAAGAACUAUUUUGAGAAGACUGACACGCUCAUCUGGGUUGUCGAUGCGACUGACCGCGAGCGGAUAGACGAUUGUCGACAGGAGUUGGCGGGGUUGCUGCUGGAAGAGCGUUUGUCUGGAGCGAGCCUGCUUGUUUUCAAGAACAAGAGCGAUGUGCCGGGGUCCAUGACGGAAGACGAGAUUCGCGAGGGACUGCGACUCGACGCCAUCAAGACACACAAAUGGCACAUUAUGGCCUGCAGUGCCAUGACGGGAAUGAACUUGCAGGAGGGCCUGGAGUGGGUGGUGCAGGAUGCAAAGGCGCGGCUGUUCUUGUAUUGAUGCUUGUCGACAUGCAUCGCGGUGCCAGGGGCACGGCAGCCCAAAGGCUGGAUGCGGGUAGUAUAGCGGUAGUCGAAUGACAAGCUCCAACCGCCCAAGUGUGGAGCUGGCGUCGACUGGCCGCAGCUGGACGUCGAUGGUAUAAACAAACAGCCAUCGAGGCCGUCUAGACGACCUGCAUCCCUCUAUCUCGCUGCUGCUGCUGCUGCUGCUACUGUUCUCUCCCUCAUUCGCUCGUUUGGUGCUACCUGUCCGCGGGCUUACGUCGACGUCGCAUCUGAAACAUACCCGAGCAUUCUGGCUAGGAAUGACAUAACCGAGUCAAAGUAAUUUAACGACCGUCUAGCUCCCAGAUCCGCCU